UGCCCGGCGGGGGCGGUGGUGAGUGGGGAGGCCGCAGGCGGACCAUAGCAGAGCCGGGAGCCCGGGGCAGGACCCGGGCCCCUUCCUGGGGGCGUUUCCUGCCCAGUCCGCCCUCCCCGGCCUCUCCCCGCCCCCUCUCCGGGCCGCUCCUUGUAUGGUCUGGGCGCCUCUCUCUCCCCGCCCCCUCCCUCCCUUCCCUUGCGCGCGUCGUCCCUCCCCGCCUGGCUAGAGGCUGCUUGGGACCGGGACGCGGAGUCCGCGGACUCGGCGCCGAGCGGUCAUCCGAGACGCGGCGCUCACGCUCCUGCCCGCGCAGCCCGGCCUGGCCAUGGCGGCCCCCCGCCCGCCUCCCGCGAUCUCCGUCUCCGUCUCGGCCCCGGCGUUUUACGCCCCGCAGAAGAAGUUCGCCCCAGUCGUGGCACCGAAGCCCAAAGUGAAUCCUUUCCGGCCUGGGGACAGCGAGCCUCCUGUGGCAGCCGGGGCCCAACGAGCACAGAUGGGCCGGGUGGGCGAAAUCCCCCCGCCGCCCCCAGAAGACUUUCCUUUGCCCCCUCCUCCCCCUAUUGGGGAGAGCGACGACUCGGAGGGUGCCCUGGGAGGUGCAUUCCCACCUCCGCCUCCCCCGAUGAUCGAGGAACCAUUCUUCUCUGCUCCUCUGGAGGAGGACAUCUUCCCCUCCCCGCCACCUCCACUGGUGGAGGAGGGAGGGCCUGAGGCCCCCACCCAGGUCCCAUCGCAGCCCAGGGAGAAAGUGAGCAGUAUUGACCUGGAGAUCGACUCUCUGUCCUCACUGCUGGAUGACAUGGCCAAGAACGACCCCUUCAAAGCCCGGCAGGUGUCACCUGGAUAUGUACCACCACCAGUUGCCACCCCAUUCGUUCCCAAGCCUAGUACCAAGCCUGUUCCUGGGGGCACAGCACCCUUGCCUCCUUGGAAGACCCCUUCUAGCUCCCAGCCUCCACCCCAGCCGCAGGCCAAGCCUCAGGUCCAGUUUCAAGUCCAGACUCAGGCCAAGCCCCAGGUCCAGCCCCAGCCUGUGUCCUCCACUAAUGCACAACCCCGAGGUCCCCUUUCUCAGGCUCCAACUCCAGCACCUAAGUUUGUUCCAGUGGCUCCCAAAUUUACACCCGUGGCAUCCAAGUUCAGCCCUGGUGCCCCAAGUGCACCUGGGCCACAGCUCAAUCAAAAGUCAGUGCCCCUGGAAGCUCCCUCUUCGGUGGGCACAGGAUCCCCCCAGCCCCCAAACUUCACCUACGCUCAGCAGAAAGAGAAGCCCUUAGUUCAAGAGAAGCAGCACCCAGUGCCUCCACCAGCUCAAAACCAAAACCAGGUGCGCUCUCCUGGAGGCCCAGGACCCUUGACCCUCAAGGAGGUGCAGGAGUUAGAGCAGCUGACCCAGCAGCUGAUGCAGGACAUGGAGCACCCUCAGAGGCAGAGUGUGGCAGCAAAUGAGUCCUGUGGCCGAUGCAGUCAGCCACUGCCCCGCGCCCAGCCUGCAGUUCGCGCGCUGGGACAGCUCUUCCACAUCACCUGCUUCACUUGCCAUCAGUGCCAGCAGCAGCUGCAGGGAGGGCAGUUCUACAGUCUGGAAGGGGCGCCCUAUUGCGAGGGCUGCUAUACCGAGACCCUGGAGAAGUGCAACACCUGUGGGCAGCCUAUCACGGACCGCAUGCUGAGGGCCACUGGCAAAGCCUACCACCCACAGUGCUUCACCUGUGUGGUCUGUGCCUGUCCCCUGGAGGGUACCUCCUUCAUUGUGGGCGAGAACAACCAGCCCCACUGUGUCCCUGACUAUCACAAGCAGUACGCCCCAAGGUGCUCUGUCUGCUCUGAGCCCAUCAUGCCUGAGCCUGGCCGCGAUGAGACCGUGCGCGUAGUCGCUCUGGACAAGAACUUUCACAUGAAGUGUUACAAAUGUGAGGACUGUGGGAAGCCCCUGUCCAUUGAGGCAGAUGACAACGGCUGUUUCCCUCUGGAUGGCCAUGUCCUUUGUCGGAAGUGCCACACUGCUAGAGCAUCCUGAGUGAGGAUGGGCCUCCUUCCAGACCACAGGUCCAUUCCCCACUGUGGGCCACCCACACCGAGACCAAUCCUUGCCUCUGCCCUCCCUGCAUUCCAAACCCCUCCCCAGUAUCUCAAGCGCCCUGACCCAGGGCUUCAGCAUGACCUAGAGGUGCUGAGGCCCCAGCCCUCUCUUGCAGGAUUGCCCAGUCCUCCUGAGGUCCCCAAACCAAGGGUCGGUCACCUUUAGUGCCGCUGCUUUCACCGCUGCACCCAGGCCCUUGGCUGGCCUAAGCAGCCUAUGCAAUGUGCUUGCUGAGGGUGGGAGAAGCCCUAAAACUCCAGGAGCCUGGCUCCAGCAGCCUGGACACCCACCUUGCCCUGUGCUGCUAGGUUGUGGCCACAGCGAAAAUUAUAAAACCUCAUUUUCCAGAAUUGCUAGUACUUGCUU